CACAAAGAAGAAAUUUAAAAUGUUCGCUAAGGUCGCCAUCCUUCUCGCAGCAGUCGCUGCUGCUCAGGCUUCCGUCUUGUACGGAGGACAUGCCGCUUUGGUCAACACCGGUGUCAGCACAAGCGGACGAUCUCAAGAUGCUUUCGGCAACUACGCCUUCAACUAUGGAAUCCAAGACGGACUCGGUGCUGCCAACUCCCGCGCCGAAGUAGGAGAUGCCCACGGAAACAAGAAGGGAUCUUACACCAUUGCUGACAUCGACGGACGAGCCCGACGAGUCGAUUACGUUGCUGAUGCUCUCGGAUUCCGAGCCACCGUCAAGACCAACGAACCUGGAACCGCCGCCAGCGCACCAGCUGCCGCCCUCGUCGCUAGUCCCUACGCCGGACCCGUUGCCCCAGUCGUCAACCAUGUAGCCCCUGCUGCCGCCGUUGUCGGACAUGCUGCCACCUAUGCUGCUCCAUUGGCUGUUGCUGCUCCAGUGGCUGUUGCCGCUCCAGCUAUCGCUUCCCCAGUUGCCUAUGGUGGAGUGAUCUCACACGGUGCCACCCUUGCUGCCCCAGUAGCUUAUGGUGGAGUGCUCGGACAUGGUCUUGGCCUUGCAGCUCCUCUUGGACUCGGAUACGGUCUGGGAUAUGGCAAAGCUCUCAUCCAUUAAAUCUCUUUCCUAAUUUCUAACAGAUUUCAAGAAAUUACGAACAAAAAUAAGAUUUAUUCGAAAAUUGUAUUUAUUGUUUAUCA